AAAACAUAAAAAAUGCUUUUUAGAAAAAUGUCGUCGGUGUUGAUGGGCCUGAAAGUUUAAGGGGGAGUGUCGCAUUUUGAAGAGAAUGCCAUUCUCAUCUAAACCGUCGAGCAUUUCUCGUUGGAUUCCCGACGGAGGAGAUUUCGGCGAUGCUGAGAUCACGGCGUUCACGUUCCCGUCACGGCGCACAGGCUUGCGCCGUUAUGUCCGCCGUUCUCCUUCUCGCUUCCGUCUCUCUUCUCUACACGCGUCUCUCACUCUUCUCCUCUCACUCGCCUAAUCACCUCCGCUCCGGCUCCGGCGAAGACGCGGUUUUGUUCCCGGAUUCUCUACUCGUCUCCGAUUCCGACGUCGUGGAAACCGCCGGAGGUAGAGGGUCCUCAAACGAGGAUAGAAUCGACGAGCACGACGAUGCGAUUGAGGACGACAGAAACGACGGUGUUUCGAAUGAGGAAGACGAGAACCAGGAUGCGGAGCAAGAGCAAGAAGUGGAUCCUGAUCGGAAUAAGGCUUCGUCUUCUGGGUUUUACUUCGAUCACGUUAACGGAGUCAUCAGAAGAGCUUUCAACAAAAGAUCGAUCGACGAGUGGGAUUACGAUUACGCAGGUUUCAGUAUCGGAUCGGGAAUCGGUAACGAUGAUAGUUUCGGUGAAAAGAGUAAAGCUGCGUUUGGAUCUGACGAUGUGCCUCUAGACGAAUCGAUUCGGAGGAAGAUCGUUGAGGUUUCGAGUGUGGAAGAUGCGUUGCUGCUGAAAUCUGGUAGGAUGGUAUCGCCAUUGAGAGAAGGUUGGGGAGAUUGGUUUGAUAAGAAAGGAGAUUUCUUGAGGAGAGAUAGGAUGUUUAAAUCAAAUAUUGAGACAUUGAAUCCAUUGAACAUUCCGAUGUUGCAGGAUCCUGAUGGUGUUGGGAUCACUGGAUUGACGAGAGGGGAUAAAGCUGUGCAGAAAUGGAGGUUGAGUGAGAUUAAGAGAAACCCUUUUAUGGUGAAGAAGCCAUUGAGUGUUGCAGAGAAGAGAGAACCAAAUGAGUUUAGAGAAAGUAGAAAAGGAAUUAGAUUGCAGAACAGUGUCGAUGAGAGUGGGGAAGUGAGAAAUGGUGAGAUUAAGAGAGGUGAACGUAAGACAUUAGACAAUGAUAGCAAAGCCGAGACAAAGGAAGAGGAGAAUGUGGAAUUUGAUUGGGAGAAUGAUGAGUUUACAGAACAUAUGUAUGCAGAUGGGACUAGAUGGGGAUAUUACCCUAGAUUGGAACCGGGUUUGUCGUUUUCAGACUUCAUGGAUUCGUUUUUUAGAAAGGAGAAAUGCUCUAUGAGAGUAUUUAUGGUAUGGAAUUCACCUGGCUGGAUGUUUAGUGUUAGGCAUCAAAGAGGGCUUGAGAGCUUACUCUCUCAGCAUCGAGAUGCUUGCGUUGUGGUUUUCUCAGAGACAGUCGAGCUUAAUUUCUUCCGAAACAGCUUUGUGAAAGACGGUUAUAAAGUUGCUGUUGCAAUGCCCAACCUCGAUGAGUUGCUGCAGGAUACUCCUACUCACGUAUUUGCUUCCGUAUGGUUUGACUGGAGAAAAACAAAGUUUUAUCCUACUCACUACAGUGAACUUGUCCGGCUUGCUACCCUUUAUAAAUAUGGUGGGCUUUAUCUCGAUUCUGAUGUGAUAGUUUUGGGUUCAUUAUCAUCACUGAAAAACACUCUCGGUGUGGAGGAUCAAGCAGCAGGUGAAAAGCUGAAUGGUGCGGUUAUGUCUUUUGAAAAGAAAAGCCCGUUCUUGCUUGAAUGUUUGAACGAGUACUACUUAACAUAUGAUGACAAGUGUUUGAGAUGCAAUGGAGCUGAUCUCUUGACUCGGGUGGCUAAACGGUUUUUAAACGGGAAGAAUCGGCGUAUGACUCAACAGGCGCCGAACAUUCGACCGUUCUCUGUUUUCUUCCCGAUCAACUCACAACAGAUAACAAGCUAUUUUGCAUUUCCUGCAACAGAGGAUGAGAAAUUGCAGCAAGACGAAUUGUUCAAGAAGAUCAUCAAUGAGUCCUUAACGUUCCAUUUCUGGAACAGUAUAACUUCAUCUCUGAUCCCUGAACCAGAGAGCCUUGUAGCUAGGUUUCUUGAUCAUAGUUGUAUUCGAUGCUCCGAUGUAUUAUAAAACUCUGUUUUGGUAAACCAAAACAACUUUUAUAUAAAGAUUAGAUUUUUGUCAGA